AUGGAGUACAAACAGCGGAACAGAGGAAUAGGCCUGUUCCAGUAUCGCAUACAGUAUUACAGAGACUACGAGGAAGGCACCCUACAGCCGGCAGACGACAGUUGCAUCUAUUUGAAGGAACUUGACCACUACCGCACCAAAGCCAAAAUACCUUCCGAUAGCGCCAAAAGCAACCGGAAGCUUCCGCUAUGUUAUCCGGUCACCGAUCCCACACCGAAACCCGCUACUGCUCCCGCCGAACCAAAGAAAAGUCCAGCCAGGGAGAGGGCGGAGAUGACUGUUAGUGCGCUUCCCGGAUCAGUCAAGCUGGAAGGAUGGGGACCCGAGAAGAAGGUCGUCAUCGAGAAGACGGAAAAAUCAUCCUUCGGGUUUAGCAUCGUCGGUGGAAAGGUAAACGUCGGUGGUGAUGUCACAUCGGGAUUGUUCAUCAAAAGUAUUAUUCCCGAAAGUCCAGCGGACAAGUGUAGCGAACUAAAGAUCGGUGAUCGUAUAUUAGCUGUGAACGAGAACAGUUUGGAAAAUGCAUCGCAUGAGAAGGCCGUCAAUUACAUAAAAACUGCCAACGACCGUAUCGUCCUAGUCGUUCAGAGUCUGGAGCGCAACGUAAAAGAAACCAACCCAAUGGUGCUGCAAAAGAAAGUUCCACCUCCAGUAACUCCAUCAAAAACGCCCGAAGUCGAGUACAUCCAGGAUGGAAAACCAAAGAAAGAAACCGCCAAAACACCGGAGGAUAAUAAACCACCUACGGUCCCGAAAGCUCGCCAAGAAUCUACAGAUUCGGAAAACUCAUCCGACGAUGAGGAAGACAGCCGCGAGCUGGAAGGAAAAACGUUCACGGCCGCCGGUGUUGAGAUCGAUCGUGCUUCCGCUGGCAACACAAAGCUGGGUGAGGAGGACACGGAAGAGGAGGACGAUUUCGGUUAUACAAUGAAGAAAAUAAAGAAGCGCUACUCCGCCCUGGGCGAAGUGGACUGCUGUACGAUCCUGCGGGACAGCAACGAAACGUGCGGGUUGUCCUUGUGUGGCCAUCGUGACCGUACCCGGAUGGCUUGCCUGAUUGCUGGCAUCAAUCCGAAGGGCGCUGCCGCCGGAACGUCCCUGACCGUGGGUGAUGAAGUGCUGGAGGUAAAUGGAACCGUACUGCAUGGCCGGUGCCAUCUUAAUUGUUCCGUCAUUAUCAAAAAUCUCGCCAGUCCUACGCUGAAGUUUAUUGUGCUAAGAAAAAAGAGUUCCCCGGAGGAGCUGGCGGUGAAACCGGUGAAGCAUUUCCCGACUGAUUUUGACUACACCGAUAAUAUAAUGGAAAAGUUUAAGGACGUUAAAACAAUCACCGUGAAGAAGGGCUCUUCCAGCUUGGGCAUCAUGAUCAUUGAGGGCAAACAUUCGAUCGCUGGCCAGGGCAUUUUUAUUUCCGACAUUCAGGAGGGUUCCACAGCGGAGAAGAGUGGGCUGAAGAUCGGUGACAUGCUGCUAUCGGUCAACAGGGAUUCGCUGCUUGGUUGCAACUACGAAACAGCAGCUGGAUUGCUGAAAAAAGCCGAAGGUGUGAUCACCCUGAAGAUAUGCAACCCCAACAAAGAAAAGGACUCAGAGAAGAAGGCGAACGGGGAGGCCGGUGCGGGACCUGGAACCACGCCGAAUAAGAAAAAACCGGGCGCGGAGGAACCGGCAACGCUCGGUACCAGCCGGGCCGGUACCCCGCAUGGUGGUAAACCGGAAGCAUCCCCAACGAAGGAGGUGAUCGAUCCGCUGAAGGCUCCGAUCAGUGAUAACGACUUUACGGUGAUUGAAAUCGUAACCGAAAACAAACCCUUGGGCAUCGUGGUGGCCGGUGGCUGUGAUUCUCUGGUGAAGUCUGGAGCGGCGGUCGUGGACAUUCUGCCGCAGAGCGUAGCCGAGAAGGACACCCGGCUGCAGGUGUUCGACCAGAUAAUUGAAAUCAAUGGCUUCAAAGUCAACAACACUUCCACCAAUGAAGCGAUCAAGCGUGCCGUCAAGCAGCUGCAUCCGAAGGUCCGCUUGGUUGUUUACCGUGCCAACCCACCGACGACGGAGACGGUCGAGGUGGAUCUGAUGAAGAAAUCGGGCAAAAAUCUCGGCCUGACGUUCCGCGCCGGUAACCCGAAAGGGAUCGUCAUCACCGGAUUGGUGCCGGGUGGUUCGGCCGAGUUUGACGGACGCAUUCAGGUGGGAGAUAUCGUGUCGCAGAUAAACGGUGACAGUCUGGAGGCCGGAGGUAUCGAACAGUGCGCCUCGCUGCUAAAAACCGCCCAAGGCAAGGUGGGAUUACGCAUUUUGCGGCCAAAAUUGAAGGAACGGUCAGUCUAAGUCUUCUAGAGUAGCACUGGCGCGUCGCGUGCUGCCGCUGAUAAACUACUAGAACUACUGUACAUAGAAAUGAAUGCUUGCAACAUAUGCUCACACCACUCACACGUACACUAUUGAUAUUUUUAGCCAAAUAAAUAUUCUGUUAUAGUUU